UGGACAUUGACGGUCACCCGGUCAUCACAAGAAGUGUACACGUUACAUGGACAUUGACGGUCACCCGGUCAUCACAAGAAGUGUACACGUUACAUGGACAUUGACGUUCAAGCUGAUAUUAGGCAACUGACAUGAGAACAAAUCAUUGUACAAAGCAUUUCAAAUUAUUAAGGAAAACCUGCUUUAGAAAGGCCCCAUGACCUAUAAGCCGUACAAGCCAUACUGGUGUUGAGUAAGUGAUUUAGCACAAAAUUCCCAUCCACCAGUGUUACAAUAUAUAUGAUGUCAUAUUAAACAUGAGUUUCAUAGGACUUUGCAUGAGUUCUUUUCUGUAUCUAAAAUGUCUUAUGGAUUUAUAAGGUAUCCUUAUAAUGUAAUAUCCAAAUAAGUUAAACUAUAAAAGUGUGCAAUUAUAUUGAAGAGUGAAGCCAUAUUCAUGUUCAACUUCUAAAUUACUUCAAACAAAUAGAACAUCAAGCAAGAACUAUGCAAAGUCAGUCAGGAGAGAAACCACACAAAUGUUCAGAGUGCCCAAAAGAUUUUGGCAAAAAAUCAAGUCUAGCAAUACAUAUGAGAGUUCAUACGGGGGAGAAACCAUAUCAGUGCUCCAAGUGUCCGAAAGCCUUUUCACAAAUAUCCCAUCUAACAAAGCAUUUGACAAUUCAUACAGAAGUAAGGCCGUAUAACUGUUCACAGUGUCUAAAGGACUUUAAACAAAAAUCCGCCCUAGAUACACACAUGAAAGUUCAUUCCGAAGAGAAACCAUUUUGGUGUUCAGUAUGUUUGAAGGGCUUUAAACACAAAUUAAAUCUAAUGACGCAUAAGAGAGUUCAUACAGGAGAGAAACCAUACCAGUGCUCAGAGUGUCUAAAGGAAUUUUCACAAAAAUCACACUUAGAAGCACAUGCAAGAGGUCAUAGAGGAGAAAAACCAUAUCAGUGUUCAGAGUGUAAAAAUGUGUUUACACAAAAAUCACAUCUAGAAAUACAUAUGAGAGUUCACACAGGAGUGAGACCAUAUCAGUGUUCUGUGUGUUUAAAAGAUUUUUCACAAAAAUCAAGUCUAACAGCACAUAUGAGAAUUCAUACAGGAAAGAAACCAUAUCAGUGCUUGGAGUGUCUAAAAGGCUUUUCUCAAAAAUCACAUUUAGUAAAACAUAUGAAAGUUCAUACAGGUGAGAAACCCUAUCAGUGCUCAGAGUGUUUAAAAACAUUUUCACAAAAAUCAUAUUUAUCAACACACAUGACAAUUCAUACAGGAGAUAAACCACAUCAGUGCUCAGUGUGUUUAAAGGCCUUUUCACAAAAAUCACGUCUAAUAACCCACAUGAAAGUUCACACGCGUCCAAAUCCAUAUCGGUGUUCAAAGUGCACACAAGACUUUCCUCGAAAGUCAUAUUUAAUAACGCACAUGACCUCUCAUUCUGGAGAAAAACCUUGUUGACUUUUUCAGUCUUAAAAUAUUUUUAAACAUGUUUUAUAAAAUUAUAUUGUAUGCAAUUGAGUGGUAUGGCAAGGCAUCAGUAUACUGCUGUUGUAUUGGUAAUAACAACCACUCUCAAAAUAUUUUGGUUACUAUUUAUAUCGGCUACUGCUAGCCAACACUAAUGGGAAAACUUCUUGCUAACAUUCUUGUUGAAAGUUGCUAGCUAUUAUUCAUCUCACAUGUUAUUUAUUUAUUUAUUAUAUACAAGAAGGUACAUGGGGUUGUGAGUGUGUUGGUGUUCUCACAUUCUGGCAAAGUCACUAAUACACACAGUACUGUACUUUGGGCAGGUUAUGUGAAAUGUCACCUUGAAGCUGCGUGUCUUGAAAAACAGAUGUAAUAAGAAACAGAAACAAAGAGCAGACUGACAGAGGGGAGGGGGGGGGGAGGAUCUAAAUAUGAAUCUGCAUGCAACUAGCUACGUUAAAUUAAUGACUCCAGGUUGAAGCUUGCAGACAGUCACAGCCUCUGGCAGGAAGAAGUAUUUGGGUAAAGAUUCCUUUCCCCUGAUAUGUCUGUUCACCUAGCAGUAAACAGGUACUGGGAGUUAGACAAUUGUUAUGGGCCACAACAGGUAGGUAGGUAUACAUCUUAGGGAAGGUCAGUAAUGGCCUUUCCUCAAUAAGCUUAACAGGCAUCCUAGCCACGACAAUGGAAACAAAACACUGAAGUAGGUAAACACAAAAUGCACCAUUGCCACCAGAAGGGAUGAAUUUCUUCCUCUCAGUAUAUGCUGAUGAUGCAAAAAAUUGUGAGAAAGAAAUAUAAUGAAAGACUGCAAAAAACUACAGGAGGACCUGGACAAAAUGAAAGUAUGGUAUCUCAAGUGGCUACUAGAGUUCAAGUGAAGCAAGUGCAGAGUAAUGAAGCUGGAUACUGGGUAUGGAAGGCCAGACACAUUGGAGAGGAAACUUUCCUUGAAUCUGCCAGUGAUUCAAGACUCGAGGGCAGGUAUUUCACCGAACUUAUCACCAGAAGCACAUAUCAGAUAAAUGCAUACAAAGUUAUACAGAACAGCGGCUAAUAGAACUGCCUUUAGUAUUUGAAGAAAGUGUUUCAAGAUCUUGUAUACUAUUCAUAUCGAGAUGAAUUCUGUAAUAUGCCCUUCUUGUAAGUUACAAGGAAAGACCUAAGGAGAUAAAUCUUAUGUCUCUAAAAGAGAUAAGAAACACAUAAGGGUUCUACCCUUAUUCAUAAUAAGGCUAGACAUUAUAACCACAUACAAAAUGCUCAGGGAAACAGAGUAGAGCAGACAAGGACUGACAAUGAGCCACAGAGACAUUAGAAACAAUUUGUUCAGUUUCAGAAUGCUGAAGAAAUGGAAUGUGCCAAGAAGCGAAGUGGUGGAGAGAAACUCCAUUCACAGCUCUAAAUGUAGAUAUGACAGUCACAUAGGCUCUGAAGCUUAUAUGCUGAUCAGUUAAAGGUCAAGAGGUGGGCUUCAAAGCCAGAGCUUAUCUCUCGCAAGAACAAUUAGGCGAGUACACAAACACAGAGAGCACACAUCAAAUCAACUCAAAUCAAAAGUUUAUUCAGGUAAACGUACAUACAUAAAAGAUGAGUUACAAACAUAAUGGAUUUAUAGAUAGAGCUAGUACAUGUUAUGCCUAAAGCCACUAAUACGCACAGCGUUUCGGGCAAGUAACAAGAGAGUAACGCAGUGUUUGUUAAUCAGAGUCAGGUUACUGUGUCCAGUACUGAAACCUGCUCUAGUUGGAUGCAGUACUUGAUCUUAUUUAAUGGCCAACCCAUAACCAUUGUGUGGACAGUGGCAAAACAACCCAGAGACUCGUGACACGUUCAGGAGCUGGUCCCCAAAAUUGGUCAAUGCAAGUUGUGAUACAGGUGUACUAGUUGUAGGAUGGGUUGAGUUAUAGAAUGGGAUUGCACAGGUUGUUUGUAUGCUCAUUAUACAGCAUGGAGCUCACACCUUUAACUGCAGACUUUGCCCCCUAGGCUGUUUGCAGUGUUUGUAAUUGUCAACGACUGGCAUCUGUGCCUGUGUUCCUGCUUCGUCUAGCCUUCAGGAGCCAAUAAACCCUUUGAAGUUUUCAGAGAGUUUAUGGACUAUCACUAUGAUUCUGCCCCCCCCCUCACUGGGCGAGAGUUUGAAGAGUGUGCCUCACUUUCCAUAUAUUCUUCCAGUGGCCAGUCUUACUGCCUCCACCCCCUCCUUGUUUAGCUCGUUGAUGCCGUGAGGGGGGCUUAGUGGGCGGCUGCCGGAGUGUGAUGCUCCUUGGGGUAGUCCUCUGUCCUUUUGUAGCCUUGUGCUCCUGCUGCU